UAAGCCUCGUCUUGUAGCCAAAUCCGUCUUCUUGAUAUUUUGAAGUAAAAAAAUAAAAUACCAUUUAAGUUAAUGCUGAUAUGCAUAUGGGAUGUUGACACUUUACAUACCGUCAAUGAAUUUAAUAAAAUUAAUAGCGCGCGUGCACCCUAACAUUGCAUUCGGUUAUCAUCUGUAUGGCCUACUGUGGACCUACAAAACGUUUUGCCCCGAUUCUUUUCUCUACAGGCCCCCGUGUGCCCUGCCCACACACAGUAGAAACCCUCCGACCCUCCGCUCAUGGGAGGGACCUGCCUUUCAACAUUUAACUACUGCCCAGUACGAGGCCAAGACGCGCUGAGUUAGAGGGCUUUUUAAAACUGGAAUUGCUUGAGGCUAUAUCGUUGCAACAUUAAAAUGUAUGAUGGAUCUCGGUGACUGUCUUGGUUUCAUACUUUUUGGAUACUUUCAAGAAGACCUUCACACUUCAACACACCUGCAGUAACUGGAAUAUAGCCUACAAUUUCCCCUCAUAUACGUAACAUGUGUUUCUCCAAUUUACUUCUGAAGAACGUGUUUCACUUCUGAAAGUUGGUGUGUGAAUGGAAUAAACUUUCAAAAAGGGACACUGAGUAAAACGAUCAAGCGGAUGCGCAUUCCCGAGUGAAUUCUUUAACUCUUGGAUUAUUUUGAACCCUUUGGGAAUAUUACCUGAUCUCUGGGAAGAAAUACAUUUGCGAUUGGAUGAAAAAACAAGAACAUGUAUGGAAUAAAUCAGCGCUGUAUUUACAUAUCUUUUCAUUUCUUCGUGCUGUGGUGCCAUGCUCAGGGGGAGAAUCACCCGUCUCCUAAUUUUAACCAGUAUGUGAGGGAGCAGGGCGCAGUGACGGACCAGCUAAGCCGACGACAAGUCAGGGUGUAUCAACUAUACAGCCGGACCAGCGGGAAGCACGUCCAGAUUCAGGGCAAGAGGGUCACCGCUACUGCUGAGGACGGCAAUAAUUACGCACGUCUCUUUGUAGAAACUGACACCUUUGGCAGUCGAGUUCGGAUCAAAGGAGCAGAGAGUGGACGCUACCUCUGUAUGAACCGGAAGGGGAAACUAGUUGGAAAGCCUAAUGGGAGAAGCAGGGAUUGUAUCUUCACAGAGAUUGUUCUAGAGAACAAUUACACUGCCUUCCAGAAUGCCAAGUAUGAGGGCUGGUAUGUGGCUUUCACCAGGAAAGGGAGACCUAUCAAAGCUUCCAAGACAAGGGAGAACCAGAGAGAGGUCCAUUUCAUCAAGAGGCUACACAAGGGCCCACUACCUUUCCCCAACAUGGACAGAAUCAAACACUUUGAGUUCAUCAGUUUUCCACCCACUCGUCGAGCGAAACGGAACAGGAAAUCACAGACUGCUGCCUAGCGCCAAACAAAUUGGACUAUUAUUGAGGAAAAAUAUGGAAUUUUAUUUUUGUACAUUUUUUAUAUGAGAGGAUACUUAAAAUGUUAAAAAAAUAAUAUUAUUGUAAAAUUAUCCCAUGUAAAUAAUGCAAGAGAGUAAAUUGAGAUUGAUGUAUAUAUUUAAUUUUUCUGUGUGUAUGUGUUUUCUUUUGCUUUGAACUGGUCCUGUGACAGAUUGAGUAUAUUAACAUUAAAGGAAAACACUAACAUUAGUGAGCACAAAACGUAAACAUGACAAAUGCAACAUUAAGAUGUUCUAGGGUGUGGACAAUUUCCAAUGAGCUUUUUAGUUCAGGACUAGGCUUCAUGUGUGUGCAAAGAAGUUAAAGAAAGCUAAACCAACAACGGGCCCCUAAAUUUGCCACUAAGUUACAGAAAGCUAAACCAACAACAACACGAGGUGCAAUGUAAACACAGGUCAAGAAAUGUAUUACAUGUAUGGCACUGUCAAGUCAGGUCAAAAAUGUCACUGUCACCAACUCCUUUAUCAAGGAAUAAGCAAGUAAUAUCAUGAGAUUAUCGCUUAUAAUGUACUUGGCAAGGAAAAUAAGACCGAGGUAUUAAAGUGAAUAGCAAGAAAUAUGGUCAGCUUUAUUUUUAGAGCUAAUUUCAUCCUGAUGACAGGUUCUCUUUCAGGAAACCUAUUUGUCUCUGUAGGCCUAAUUAAAGGCAUGAUCUGAAGGACCCCACAUCUCUUUAUUAGAAUCAUCAUCAUAGCCCUUAUAAAAGAAGCCAUAUCCAGUAGUGAUGUUUAUGUACGGAUUAAACCCCUACCAGUUUAUCAUGUCCUGCUAAUUACAUUACAGGGAAAUGCUUAUUUCUUUCUGAUUCUUUCAUAAUUGUUCUCCAAUAAAACAGCAUGUCAUUGACCAAUGCAAAUGUACAACCAGUUUUCCAAAAAAGUUGGGACGCUGCUUAAAAUGCA